CCUCACUGUGUCUCUGGCCUCACCACCCAGACAGGGACACACAGGCACUGCUGUCCACAACGCAGGCAAUGGAGCUGAGGAGGCGAGAUUACCGUGUGGAGCGGCCACUGCUGAACCAAGAACAGCUGGAGGAGCUGGGGAGCCAGACCUCAGCAACUGGGACCCUCCAGUGGCGAACCUGGUUUCAGUGCUCCCAUGCUCGGGCCCGAGCCCUUCUGCUCCAGUACUUCCCAGUUUUGGCCUGGCUACCCCAGUAUCCUGUGCGUGACUGGCUUCUAGGUGACUUGUUGUCUGGCCUGAGUGUGGCCAUUAUGCAGCUACCACAGGGCCUGGCAUAUGCCCUUCUGGCUGGACUGCCCCCCGUGUUUGGCCUCUACAGCUCCUUCUAUCCUGUCUUUAUCUACUUCCUGUUCGGCACUUCCCGGCACAUCUCCGUGGGCACCUUUGCUGUCAUGUCCGUGAUGGUGGGCAGUGUGACAGAAUCACUGGCUCCAGAUGAAGCCUUCCUGCAGGCCUUGAACUCCACUGUCAAUGUGACGGCCAGAGAUGCUGCUCGGGUGCAGGCGGCCUCCACACUCAGUGUCCUUGUUGGCCUCUUCCAGGUGGGGCUGGGCCUGGUUCAUUUCGGCUUCGUGGUCACCUAUCUGUCAGAGCCUCUGGUCCGAGCCUAUACCACAGCCGCGUCUGUGCAGGUCUUCGUCUCGCAGCUCAAGUAUGUGUUUGGCCUCCAUCUGAGCAGCCGCUCUGGGCCGCUGUCCCUCAUCUAUACAGUACUGGAGGUCUGCUGGAAGCUGCCCCAGACUGUGGUCGGCACCAUGGUCACCGCAGUUGUGGCAGGGGUGGUUCUCUUGCUGGUGAAGCUGUUGAAUGACAAGCUGAGGCGACAACUGCCCAUGCCGCUCCCCGGGGAGCUGCUCACGCUCAUCGGGGCCACAGGCAUCUCCUACGGCGUGGGACUGCAGCACAGAUUUGGGGUGGAUGUCGUGGGCAAAAUCCCUGCACGGCUGCUGCCCCCAGUGGCCCCCAGCCCCCAGCUGUUCGCAAGGCUUGUGGGAAAUGCCUUCGCCAUCGCUGUGGUUGGGUUCGCCAUUGCCAUCUCGCUGGGGAAGAUCUUCGCCCUGAGGCAUGGCUACCGGGUGGACAGCAACCAGGAGCUGGUGGCACUUGGCCUCAGUAACCUCAUCGGGGGCAUCUUUCAGUGCUUCCCUGUGAGCUGCUCUAUGUCUCGGAGCCUGGUACAGGAGAGCACCGGGGGCAACACACAGGUGGCUGGAGCCAUCUCCUCCCUCUUCAUCCUCAUUAUCAUCGUCAAACUUGGAGAACUCUUCCAAGACCUGCCCAAGGCAGUCCUGGCUGCUGCCAUCAUCGUGAACCUGAAGGGCAUGUUGAUGCAGUUCACCGACAUAUGCUCCCUCUGGAAGGCAAAUCGAGUGGAUCUGCUCAUCUGGCUGGUGACCUUUGUGGCCACCAUCCUGCUGAACCUGGACCUUGGUCUGGCAGUUGCGGUAGUCUUCUCCCUGCUGCUCGUGGUGGUCCGCACACAGCUGCCCCACUACUCUGUCCUGGGGCAGGUGCCAGACACCGAUAUUUACAGAGACGUGGCAGAGUACUCAGAAGCCAGGGAGGUCCCGGGCGUGAAGGUCUUCCGCUCCUCGGCGACCGUGUACUUUGCCAACGCUGAGCUCUACAGUGACACGCUGAAGCAGAAGUGCGGUGUGAAUGUGGACCACCUGAUCUCCCAGAAGAAGAAACUGCUCAGGAAGCAGGAGCUAAAGCUGAAGAGACUUCAGAAAGAGAAUAAGCUCCCAAAACAGGCUGCCGCCUCCAAGGGCACUUCCAUUUCCAUCAAUGUCAACACCAGUGUCAUAGACAUUGAGAGCAACGAUGUGGAGGGCUCCAAGGCCAAGCAGGUGAGCACAGGAACUGAGCUAGAGGGUAUAGCAGCCAGUGGUCAAGAAGAUGCCAAGGCCCCAGACAUGUCCUCACUGAAGACCCUGGGCCUGCCUCAGCCGGAUUUCCACAGCCUCAUCCUGGACCUGAGCUCCCUUUCCUUCGUGGACACUGUGUGUCUCAAGAGCCUGAAGAAUAUUUUCCGUGACUUCCGGGAGAUCGAGGUGGAGGUGUACAUGGCCGCCUGCCACUCUCCCGUGGUCACACAGCUUGAGGCGGGGCACUUCUUCGAUGCAUCUAUCACCAAGCAGCAUCUCUUUGCCUCUGUCCACGAUGCUGUCAUCUUUGCACUCCAACACCCGAGGUCCAGCCCCGUCAACCCUGUUUUGGUUACCAAACUCUGAUCGUGCUGCCACCCUGCCUGAGACUGCCCACCUCUGGAGGUUGCGACUGGUUACCCGUGAGGACCCUCUACCCCUGGGCUGCCUCCAGAUGUCACCCGGGAGUCCCCUCCGUACGCACGCA